AUGGGCCCGGCUGCCAAGAUUACCUGCCAUCUGCGCUGGUCAAGGGUGCACAGCCUGGACAUUGAUCUAGAGAAGCAGAAAAUGGAAGUUGCCAACUUGCAGAGAUUUGACCAAGAAUUGAUCCUGGCAUACAAGCGCUUCAGCUUAUUUGGUAUCCUAUAUGACCACUACUUUGUAACAGACGGGAAGUGGACUAUCGAGUUUCGGGGAGACGAGGUGGCAGAGGCCUGUGUUCAUGUGCAUUGUCGGGAUCCUGGAUACUAUGAUGUAGCAAAGGUUUUCGGCAACUCUGAAGAAGUGUUGCAUCGUAUGCGGAGGGUAUGUGGGGCACGCUCGUUUUCGUUCUGCUUCCGCAAUUGCGAGCAUGUUGCUCGCUAUAUCGCAGAAGGCAGGUGGUUCAGCGCACAAAGUGCCGCUGAUGGCAGCUUAUGGAGGAAAUGCAUGUCAGAUCUGGCAGGAAGUCAUGCGCUGAAGCUCAAUAAGUGGCCCUGGGAGCUGGAAUCGUUACUCAGCGAGUGUUGCCUGAACGACUGCUGUGGCUUCGUGAGCUGUCAGAGUGAAGACUGCUAUGUCGUGCACGAUCCUAGUAUGUUCAACGUUUUGGUUAUUGGAGCUGAAGCGGAAUUGGCAAGGUCCAUCGCGCCACACCUCACGGGGAUGGCACCCAGACGUGCUAGCCCGGAGGCUGUCCCAUUGAAGCUUGAGGUGACACGCGGCUCAGCCUCCGUCGGUGGCCGCAGGCGUGAUGUCCAAAUCAUGACCAUCGCUGGCUCCAUCCAACAGUAUGGUGAUGAAGCAGCUUCAAUUCUAAGAUCUCAUCUUCGGGAAGAUGUGAUUUGCGUGGACCGAGUUCUGGUUUUCAUCCAGGGGCCUCUCAGCGACUCCAUGCAAUCAUUUGUGAAGCUGCUGGGCAUCCAGGAAAAUCCCACGAACUUCACUUUCAUCCAACACCAACUUGAAGACACGUCACGUGAAGCCUCUGAAGAGCUGCUGGCCGCGUUGUACAUCCAAGUGGGCGCAACUGCCCAGAUAAUUUCAACUCCUCAUCUGCGGCCGCACGGUCAGCACUGUCUCAGCUUGGAGUACCUCAAGCCUGAGGAGCGGCCGAGUCGAGUAUUUGCAGCCAAGAUGGGCUUGCCCAAUCUAAGAGCCGACUCAGGAGAGAUCAUUCCUUUGCUUAUCCCUGGGAUGUUGGAUGAACCAGAAGCCCUGGCGAAGCUCUUGGAUGCCACGUUUCUUCCCUGCGAGGGGCACUUCUUGUCAAGAGAUUGGCGGCUGCAGAUGGGCGGGGCUGAGCCCGGCGUGGAGUCAACGUACUGGUGGAUGGGUGGCAAGGAGGACGACGGAGAUGUAGAGCAGAGCUCGUUUGUGGAAAAGAUGGCCGGAACGGAGGUUCUUCCAGAGAGUCGGGCGGACCGCGCUGCUUUCCCGGUUCUCGAGUCAUUGCCGAUAGAAAGUAAGGGGGAGAACUCGGCAACCUCUUUUUCGUCAAAGCUUCUCCAGCUUCUUGCGGCAGUGGGCAUGACCAGCUUUAUCAGCAGAAUAAUUGUCACAGGCUCGGGGGCCUUUGCUGCGGCUCUGCCGUGUGCAUCCCUGCUCUCGUUGGCACAUAUGACUUUCCCCUUGGAGCUACCGCUGGGCGAGUUUGUUCCUUGGUGGUCGCUUCUGGUCCUGGGCCUCAUUUUGGUAAUUGGUCCAGAGGACAUGCGCGCAGCGGCUGGCCUCCGUGUUGGGAGGAUAAACGGGGGACCCCUCAUGUGGUCUGCCAUUUGCAUGGUGAUCUCGACUUUGGCCCUUGUUGGCUGGUCGAAAAUCUGGGUUCGCGGUGACCACGGCCCUAUCCAAGACGCCCUAGCACCAAUGAUGUCGCCGGCUUCCGUGCUGCCUCUGGCAAUUGUCAAUGCUCUGCGCGAAGAGCUGCAAUUUCGGAUGAUGUUCUUGGGCGGAGUGCUGUCAGGGGAUGCCUCGCAGUGCACCUUGAUCACCGCCAUUUCCCUUGGUCUGCACUCCGCUUUCUUCGCUUUGCUUCACUACGUGGGAGGCUUCCCGCGCGGUAUGAGCGGAUUCGUGCUAGUGCUGAUUUGGAGCCUCUUCCUAGACAUCCUUCGGAUCUGGAGUGGUGGGAUGGCCCUGGUGCUUCUGCUGCAUGUACAGGCGGACGUCACCAUAUUCUUGCUUGUCCUCAUGGAGGACCGGCACCGGCGACUGAAGAACCAGCAGAGCUAUUUGGAUUGA